AUGCUGAAAACAUCUUUGUUCGGCCUCGCUGGCAAUGUGCUGGCUCUUUUGGCCGGAGAAGUAGUCGCCAAACUACCCUACAACCCUUCAUAUAUCAGCAACCCGAUUUCAAGAAACCAGACGGAGGUAUAUAUCCUUUCUCCAAAAAGCUCGGCGACGUCGAAGAAUGAGUUCAAGCUUCAGUCUCUGGACAUUUCAACUCCUUUCGAUAUCUCUCAGAUUUCAAUAUCGGAAGAUUUGGGCGACGUGCCUUUUGCUACGGAUGAUAGCGCAAAAUCCUUUAUCCCCACUACCGACUCGCAAGGUAUCCUAACAGUUUAUACUGGGGACUGUCACGAAAAUACCUCUACGGUUUGGCGAUUAUUUCCCACCGAUGGGGAGUCUACCGGACCUUCCAAAUGGAAGGAGACACCAGUUCACUCCGAAGACGGCCAACAAGUCCCCGGAGCCGCAUACUUAUCGUCAGCAGUUUCCUAUCCUUCAGUAGCGGAAUCGUCACAACCAGGUCUCUUUGUUUUUGGAGGAAUGUGUCCCUGGGUGGGCAAGCAAGGUGAAGAUUGGGUCUCUGCUGCCAACUAUUCCCAAAUUAUGAUGUCUCUCACUGCAGAAAUGUCAUCAUCGGGCCCCUCUUAUCAAGCUGAAAUCGUUACGCCGGAAUCCUCUCCAGUUGCUGAGGCAGGGUUUGCUAUGACACCUCUCGUGCCAGCUUAUUCAAAUACCUCCAGUGUUAAACCGAUUCAAUAUCAAAGUUUCGUUCUGACUGGGGGGCAUACUCAACAAGCGUUUAUCAAUAUGUCCCGGAUUGCGCUAUUUUCCCUCCCAGAUGCUUCGUGGAGUUAUAUUUUAGUCAACGAGGAUGGCGCAACUUCAUCUAUACCAGGCUUGGGGGAUAUCGACGGGGUGGAGCCGAGGUCUGGCCAUACAGCGUUAUUGACACCGGACGGUAGCAAAAUUAUUGUCUUCGGGGGUUGGGUCGGUGAUAUUAGCCGCCCAGCCCAGCCUCAACUUGCUAUUCUUGAGGUGGGAGCGGCAUAUGGAGGAGCUGGAGACUGGAAAUGGACUAUACCUCAUCAGAACCUGCAUGGCCCAAAGACUGGUACCGGAAUUUUUGGUCAUGGCGCAGCAAUGCUUCCUGGUGGUAUAAUGCUUGUAGCUGGAGGGUAUUCUAUUCCUCAGUCAGAUCUGAAACGAUCAGCCACUGGCCUUGCUACCAAUACCGAAUGGUAUCUCUUAAACACUUCUUCAGAGACUUGGAUUACUUCUUACACUCCGAUAAACAACAUCGAAGCUAGCGGCCAAGUCAGCCACGGACCACUUUCAUCAACCUCACAAAAAGCUGGUCUUGGAGUUGGAGUCGGAAUUGGGUUUGUAGUUAUCGCUGUGAUAGCAUUUUUUGUCUACCGCCAUUGCUCUCGUCGUUCCCGGGAACAUCAGAGAGUACGAGAGCAGGCUCUCCGGAGACUUGCUCUAGGGGCAGAACGUCCACACUUUGACCUAGCGGGAAACAUUCACGAGCCGAUGACCGACAUCACUGCUGAAAAAUUGGCGCUUCAUCCCAAUGCGUACUCAUGGAUCGGCAACGAAAGAUACCCUAGGAACAAUGGCUCUCAAGAUACUGGUACCUUGUCUGCCGAGAAAACAGGGCUUCUGGUGGAAAUACCGAGCCCCACAAGAGGGCUUCGACGGAGUAUGCAUUCCAGAGGAUAUCAGUCUGCUUCAUACUUGGAGGAUUCGAGAAGAAACGUAGGAUUUAGUGCUAUACAUCCGAUCGACGAGGGAGACGAAUGUGAAGAAGCCAUCGGCAACGAUGCAAUGAUGGUUGGGAAAGGGGAAACUCAGCGACAGAGCCGGAGCUCUGUCAUCUCCAAUCCUUUUAGUGAUUCAGCGCGCUAUAGCGAUUCUCAUAAUACCAGGUCUGCUCGCAUAUCAGCGUUGAAUGAAAAAUCAGCCGCGAUCGAAUGGGCGGAUGAUUUCGAGGCAGGCGGUACUGCUACCAGAGCCCUCUCACCAGAUAAAAGCGAUCGUACGCUAUCUGACUUAUCUGAAGGUUCCAGCUCUUUCAUGUCGGUCUCCUCGCAACCCACAAAUCCUCUGUCUUUGAACAGGAAUCUAGCUCGAAUGUUCAGUUUUCGCUCUCAAGCGAGCGGACCUGUAGCUCCGGGUGGUUCUGCCGAUUACGAGCCUGUCCGUAGUUCGUCCCCCGAAGGACAGGCCCACGGCCAAUUUCAUGCACUAUCUACCAAUGUUGGCAGCAGCUACGAUUCAUACAACGAGUUAAGGGCUGAGACAGCGCGAUCCUCAGACAGAACUGUUGUACCCCAAGGCUCUCCGCGUCAUACUACUUUCGGCCAACUACAAGAAGAAAGCGGAUUGCUGCUUGGCAUUACGCCAUUGGACUCAUCAAAGAGCGGGCUAAACAUCACGAAGAGCAAAGCCCGCGGGUGGAUUGGUAAUGUUCGUCGUACUCUCGGCUCUGUCAAGAAAGCUGAGAACAUCGCACAGGCAUAUUCCGUGAGCCCGGAAAACAUGUCGUCAAGCUCUCAACAGAUACAACAGCAGCAGCAGCAGCAACGAAGCACAAGUACGAGUCCCACAAAAAGCUUCUAUAGUCUUCAGGAGGAAAGAGACUCAACAACGGCCUCCGAGUCAAAUAACAUUCCCAGGCGAGCAAUGAGCUCAAGCUCAUCUAUGCUGGGGCGCAAGCAAGGUGCGAAGGACUGGGGUGCAAAGAGAUCCUCUGCCGACAGCGCACAGAUACGAAUGCUGCAAGCAGCCCGCGUUGCUGAUGCUGGUCAUAGCAAUGGAGCAGCGUCAUCGGAGGGUGGUACGGGUGGGAGUUUAAGUAGCGACUCACCCCAUUUCUUCGACUAUGAUGACGAUGAGGAGUGGGAUGUGGAAGCCGCCGCAGAAGGCCGGGUAGUACAAAUCACCUAUACAGUGCCCAAGGAAAGACUUCGAGUUGUCAACCCUGGCCCGAGCAGUGGAGACGAUGUGGACGAUGAUUCUAUUACGUCGCCUGAAAGUACUGAGCCAAAAAAAGGGAGUUCCGGCGAUGGUGGUAGGGAAGGGGUCCAGAAUCAACCAGGGCCAUCGAAUUCUGGUCAGUGA